AUGUCUCACUUGAGUGAAAGAGAUGUCUUAGCCAAAACCAUUUACGCCGAAGCUAGAGGCGAGCCCGACGAGGGACAGAGGGCCGUCGGUCACGUGAUCAGGAAUAGAGCAGAAAAAAACCGCGACUACUGGGGCGGUAGUACUAUAGGGGUGUGCGUCAAACACCAACAAUUCGAAUGUUGGAACGGAAGGAGUGACAUUGACAUCCACGAACCACAAGCGUACCAAAAAGCGCAGAGAAUUGCGGAUGAGGUUUUGUCAUCUGGGGACCAUGACCCCUCGCGGGGAUCCACCCAUUACAACAAUCCAGACAAAGAGGACCCAGAGUGGGCGAGAAAGAUUCCGAAAACUGUUAAGAUUGGGAAUCAUCAGUUUUAUGAGUAA